AUGCGUAGAAGAAGCAGCAUUUUCGUCAUCAUAUUUGUCUUGCUCCUGCUUGAAAUUUCAGUGGGGUUCUCUGGGGAUAAUGAGUAUGCAGAGACCCUCAGGCGUGAACUGUCAUCGCAGUCCGGCCUGGUGCACCAACACAUGGACACCCAGGGUCGGGAGAGAUCACUUGACAUGGAUGAUGUCCCCUGGCAUGGACUCCCCCUCCGUGUCCAGCCCCAUACCAGGAUGGCUAAGCUGCUGCCCACAACCCAGCUAGAAUCGCACUUUCGCCAGGCUCUGAAGAGGCACCGGGGCCUGAGCCUUCUAGCCAGGACUGACCAUGAGGUGCAUGUAGAAAACAGCCCUAUAUCUGCCCACCAUAUUGUCACCAUGGCAUUGCAGGUGGAUGUGCGGCAACUGAACACAACUCUCCUCCGUUCGUUCCGUGAAGGAGUGGCUGCUGCACUGGAUAUCUCGCCCAGACAAGUGCACAUCAACCGUCUGAAUGAGCGGAAGAACGGCAUCGAGCUGUAUGUGUCAUCAGGUCGAGAUGGAGCCUCUGAACCCAUGUCCUCUGAGGAGGUGAUCCGCUCUCUCAAUAUUAAUGUUCUACACCAAAGCCUGGACCACUUUGGCAUCACUCAAAUCUCAUCUGAGAAGAAUGUGCUUCAGGGCCAGCAUGAGAGGGACAAUGUGUGGACCAAAGAGGGCUUCUAUGCAGUGGUCAUCUUCCUCACUAUCUUCAUCAUCAUCGUCACCUGUUUGAUGGUGCUGUACCGACUGAAGGAAAAGGUCGACUACUCUGAACGGCAGCUGAAGGAGCCCCCACCCAGCCGGGACGUGCACCUGGCCCCUGUCCCCGUGCACGGUACCCAGCCCUCCCUGAAGUUUACGAGCAGCAUGGUGCAAGCCGAGCCGGCCCCCAAGCCUGCCAGCGCGUCCACCAUCACCCCAGCAGUCCCUCCUGCCAUCGACCCCAUCCUACCCACUACCUCCUCAACUACCUCCUUCUCCACCAUCGGCUCGGAGCCUCAGGCUCCCUCCUGCCCUUCCAACGCUGAGAUCAGGCCUUGCCUGUCCUCCAGCCCCUCUCCCUUCAGGAUGAAGGCCGCUGCAGGUCUGCAGGAGAGGAGAGGUUCCAAUGUGUCUCUGGUACUGGACAUGAGUGCUCUGGGCUCAGUGGAGCCACUGAACUGCGGAGUGGCCACUCCUCGUGAGCGUGCCGCUCAGGAGUACCUGCAGUCGGCAGGCCGCGCCCUGUCCCGGCAGCAGCUACGUGAGGCUGUGCUGAACACACAGAAGCUGCAUGCCGAAUUCGCUGAAAUUCCCAUGAAUUUUGUGGAUCCGAAGGAACUGGACAUCCCCAGUCAUGGCACCAAGAACAGAUACCGGAGCAUUUUGCCAAAUCCCCACUCAAGAGUCUUGCUGAGGACAAAGAACAUGUACGACCCUCUUAGCAGCUACAUAAAUGCCAACUACAUACGGGGUUACCUAGGACACGAGAAAGCCUUUAUUGCCACACAGGGUCCCAUGAUCAACACUGUGAAUGACUUCUGGCAGAUGGCCUGGCAGGAAGAUAGCCCUGUUAUUGUCAUGAUCACUAAACUCAAAGAGAAGAAUGAGAAAUGCGUUCUGUACUGGCCAGAGCGGAGGGGUAUCUAUGGGAAAGUUGAAGUUCUCAUUAACAAUGUCAAAGAGUGUGACCAUUACACUGUCCGCACUCUCACACUCAAGCAAGGGGGACAGAGUCAUAAGGUCCAACACUACUGGUACACAUCCUGGCCAGACCAUAAGACCCCUGACAGUGCCCAGCCCCUGCUCCAGCUGAUGGCAGAUGUGGAGGGAGACAGGCAGGCCUCAGGCUCCAGAGGCCCAGUCAUCGUUCACUGCAGUGCUGGGAUUGGGCGUACCGGCUGCUUCAUCGCUACAACAAUAGGCUGUCGUCAGCUGCAGGCGGAAGGAGUCGUGGACAUUUUGGGGAUUGUGUGUCAGCUCAGGGGAGAUAGGGGUGGAAUGAUCCAGACUGGAGAGCAGUAUGAGUUUGUCCAUCAUGCCCUCUGCCUCUAUGAGAGCCGCCUUUCUGCCGACGCUGGCCAGUGA